AUGGUUGACCAGCACUUGAACUUGCCUACCUUCAGCUUUGCGCCCGAUCGUGAUGGGCCUAAUGGGUACUUUUCCGUUGGUGGUAUCCCCCCUGUCAAUACGACAGGCAAAACCGCCUCUGUGUCUAUCCUCACUAGCAAGGAUACUCGCUCAAAGCCUUCCAUCAACCGCCCUGACUACUACUACAUCAACAUCGAUGGUGCUAUCGUUGGAGGAACUAACCGAACUAACUCCUCCUCAUUUGCCCCCUUUGUCGGCUUCGUGGAGACCGCUACCACUCUCACUAUGCUCCCUAGCGACAAGUCCGAAUACUCAAAUACCACUAUUGCCACUUCCAUUGCGCGCUCCUUCAACCCACCUGCCACCAUCGCCGCGUCCACCCAACUUUAUCAAGUCCCAUGUAACGUCACUGCGCCCAAUUCGCCUUCACUAUUGACGGUGUGA